GAGAAGAACACCUCUCAGGUGUCUUCUCGGUGCGGCGAUACACACAUCACCGCCUGCACAAGGCAGGUCAAACAAGAUGGCAGUGGUAUUUCUACCUGCCUCUGGCCCGAUCUGAAAGAUGGUUUCGCUUUUGUUGAGUGUUGAAGACUUGUCAAGAUCGCUUCUUCAUCAAACAGAUCGUCUCGCAAGCUCGCUCACACAAUGGACGACAUUAACAGCUUCCCCGGUUUCGAAGGUUUCGAAUGGAAUGAACCGCCUCCAGUCCCGGAUCAUGUACGGUCUGGCGUGAUUCCUGGGAGCCCCAACUCUCCAGGAGGACCGUCCGCUGCCGUGCUUUUCCUACCAAGAGCGGUACCACCUGGAUUUCCUCUAACACCUGAAGAGCUUGAAGAGCUUCAAGCUACCAAUUCCAAACACACCAACGAUUUGUCGACUGGAGAAGGACAUGAUUCUAUUGAGGACACAGGACCUCCAUUUGAGCCCUGCGGACCCUCACCCGAACACGAAGCCAGAUGCGAAGCCAGAUACAACCUGUACAAGGACACCCUCAACAGCAUCGGCAGUCGCUACACCUGGCUGAAACUCCACGCCACGGCUCUCACUCUGUCCGAGAACAGCAUCAAAAGCAUCCUCACUCGUCUCUGCUACCUCGCCGCCCUCAAGAACUCGGCCGCCCCCGAGAUCCAUGCUCGCCAGCACUUGAUCCGCUCGCGCCAAGUCACCAACAUCGAGCCACACAUCAUCAUCAACCACAUCGAGUGGAUCCGCUUCAUCGGCCGCUUCCCGGCCUUGGUGUCUCAGGUCAUGAAGCAUGUCACAUGGGUGGAGUUGCUCAACAAGGAAUAUCGCAAGGCUGAGCCGGCCUGGAAGGGCUUUUGGGACGACGUCGAGCGACACGGCGGCCUUCCAGGGAUGCAUCAUAUGGACGCAUUAGACGCCAUGCACAAGAAGCGUGUUUUUCUCCAGGGCAAGAUCGUGGAUGGAGAGGCCGUGCUCGCCAACCUGUUCAUGCAGGAGCCAAUCUGGCUGCAGUGGGAAGUCAAUGGCUUGUAGAACAGAGGGUCACGUAGUAGAUAGAGAAUUGCACAUUGUGUGCACAAUGACAGAGAACCAUGAG